GCGAGCUGUGGGCGCCGCCGGCACCGGGAGAGGAGGAUCCCAGGAAAGGUCUCCGGCUGCGGAGGAAGCCCGGGCACCGGCGGCAUGUCUGUGUGUGAACUCUACUCCCGGUACACCCGGGUCUGGAUCCCCGACCAGGAAGAAGUUUGGAGAUCUGCAGAGAUUAUCAAAGAUUACAAAGAAGGGGAUAAAACUUUGCACUUAAAACUUGAGGAUGAAUCUGUUCUGGAGUAUCCGGUGGGUCCCUCUUCAAAUCCGAUGCCGCACCUGCGUAACCCGGAUAUCUUGGUUGGAGAAAAUGAUCUCACGGCACUCAGUUAUCUCCACGAGCCAGCUGUUUUACACAAUCUCAAAGUUCGCUUCCUGGAGUCCAACCAUAUCUAUACCUACUGCGGUAUCGUGCUCGUUGCCAUUAACCCCUAUGAGCAGAUGCCCAUCUACGGAGAAGAUGUCAUUUAUGCGUAUAGUGGCCAAAACAUGGGGGACAUGGACCCUCAUAUAUUUGCUGUGGCGGAGGAGGCAUACAAACAGAUGGCAAGGGAUGAGAAGAACCAGUCCAUCAUUGUGAGCGGGGAGUCGGGAGCGGGGAAGACGGUGUCUGCCAAAUACGCCAUGAGGUACUUUGCCACCGUCGGGGGCUCCGCCAGUGAAACGAAUGUGGAAGAGAAAGUCUUGGCCUCGAGCCCUAUUAUGGAGGCUAUUGGAAAUGCCAAAACCACCCGGAAUGAUAACAGUAGUCGUUUUGGGAAAUACAUCCAGAUUGGCUUCGACAAACGAUACCACAUUAUUGGUGCCAACAUGAGGACGUAUCUGCUGGAGAAGUCACGUGUUGUGUUCCAGGCUGAGGAUGAGCGGAACUACCAUAUUUUCUACCAGCUUUGCGCGUCUUCCAAUUUGCCCGAGUUCUCCGACUUGUCACUAACCCAAGCGGAAGAUUUUUUUUACACCUGCCAAGGGGGUGAGACAACCAUCGACGGGGUUGAUGACGCAGACGACUUUGAGAAAACGAGGCAAGCUUUCACACUUCUGGGGGUCAAAGAGUCUCAUCAGAUGAGUAUUUUUAAGAUCAUCGCUUCGAUCCUUCAUCUUGGAAAUGUACCGAUCCAGUCGGAAAGAGAAGGGGAGUCCAGCAGCUUACCGAAAGGGGAUGAGCAUCUUAACCAUUUCUGCACGUUGCUGGGCCUGGAGCACGACCAGAUGGAGCACUGGCUUUGCCACAGGAAGCUGGUCACCACGUCGGAGACCUACGUGAAGACCAUGUCCGCCCAGCAGGCCGUCAACGCAAAAAACGCCUUGGCCAAGCACAUCUACGCCCAGUUAUUUAAUUGGAUUGUACAGCAUAUCAACAAAGCCCUGCAUACCACCAGCAAGCAGCACUCGUUUAUUGGAGUCUUGGACAUCUACGGGUUUGAAACGUUUGAAAUAAACAGCUUCGAACAGUUCUGUAUCAACUACGCCAACGAAAAACUACAGCAGCAGUUUAAUUCGCACGUUUUUAAGCUGGAACAAGAGGAAUACAUGAAAGAGCAAAUUCCUUGGACCUUGAUUGAUUUCUAUGACAAUCAGCCAUGUAUCGACCUCAUAGAGGCCAAGCUUGGAAUCCUGGACCUUCUGGAUGAGGAGUGCAAGGUGCCUAAGGGUACAGACCAGAACUGGGCCCAGAAGCUGUAUGACAGACACACAAGCUGCCAGCACUUUAAGAAGCCGCGCAUGUCCAAUGUCUCGUUCAUCGUCGUGCACUUUGCUGAUCAGGUGGAGUAUCAGUCCGACGGGUUCCUGGAGAAAAACCGGGAUACGGUGUAUGAAGAACAAAUUAAUAUACUGAAGGCCAGUAAGUACCAGCUGGUGGCCGACUUGUUUCAGGACGACAAGGACGCCGUUCCGCCGACCCCUGCCGGAAAAUCAAAAGUCAACGUCCGGCCGGCUAAGCCUGCCCUGAAGAGCGCCAAUAAAGAGCAUAAGAAAACGGUCGGGCAUCAGUUCCGCAACUCUCUGCACUUACUGAUGGAGACGUUGAAUGCCACCACUCCGCAUUACGUGCGGUGCAUUAAACCCAACGAUGAGAAGCUUUCUUUCAGUUUUGACCCAAAGAGAGCCGUGCAGCAGCUGAGAGCCUGCGGGGUCCUGGAGACCAUCCGAAUCAGUGCGGCCGGCUACCCAUCCAGGUGGACCUAUCACGAUUUCUUCAACAGAUACCGGGUGUUGAUGAAAAAGAAAGAUCUCGCUCAGAAUGACAAAAAGCUGAUCUGCAAAACACUCCUUGAGAACCUGGUUAAGGAUCCAGACAAGUUCCAGUUUGGACGCACAAAAAUCUUUUUCCGGGCAGGACAAGUGGCUUAUUUGGAAAAACUCCGGGCGGAUAAAUUCCGGGCGGCCACAAUCAUGAUCCAGAAAACAGUACGAGGCUGGUUACAGAGGCUGAAAUACCAAAGGAUGAAGAAGGCUGCGGUAACCAUUCAGAGAUACACCCGGGGGCAUCUCGCUCGCAGGCUGGCAGACAAUCUCCGGAAGACGAAGGCGGCCGUGAUCUUCCAGAAGCAGUACCGCAUGAUUCGCGUCUAUCGUGGCUACCAGCGCAUCCGCCGGGCGGCCGUUACCAUCCAGGCCUUCACUCGGGGCAUGUUUGACAGGAGAGCUUAUCGCGAGCUACUCCUACAGCACAAAGCCACCGUCAUUCAGAAGCACUUGCGCGCUUGGGUCGCCCGCAAAAACUUUGCCAAAUUCCGCAGCGCGGCCGUAGUCAUCCAGUGCUACUACCGCCGCAUGAAAGCCAGGAGGGAGCUGAAGCUGCUGAAGAUCGAAGCCAGGACGGCCGAGCACUUCAAAAAGCUCAGCGUGGGCAUGGAGAACAAGGUGGUCCAGCUCCAGAGGAAGAUAGACGAGCAGAACAAAGAACAGAAGGACCUGAAGGAGCAGCUGGCGGCCUCGGCGGUCACACACGCUGCCGAGGUAGAGAAGCUACAGAAGGAGCUGGAGAAGAAACGGCAGAACCAGCAGGACGACAAUCAGCUGACGAGCUUACAGGAGGAGAUCGAGCAUCUGAGGGCCGAGCUGGCCAGGGCGCAGGAUGAGAGGAAGACUAUCGAGGACACGUACGCCAGUGAGAAGCUGCAGCUGCAACAGAGAAUAUCUGACCUCGAGGAUGAAAACACUAAUUUGAAAGAUGAAAAAGAGGAACUCAACAGCAAAAUGAUCCUGCGUUCAGAAGGCGACGUUUCCCAGAGCGCCGUUAAGGAGAACGUGCAGAUGCAGAAAGAGCUGGAGGAGGAGAGGGCCCGGCACCAGAACCUGGUGAAGGAGUACACAAGGCUGGAACAGAGAUAUGACAACCUUCGAGAGGAGGUGGCAAUCAUCAAGCAAACCCCAGGACACAGGAGGAAUCCAUCCAACCAAAGCAGCCUGGAGUCCGAUUCCAACCACCCGUCUAUCUCCACGUCCGAGAUCGGGGACACGGAGGACGUAAUAAUGGAGGUGGAGGAGGCCGGAUUGGAGAAAGCCGCCAUGGAUAUGACGCUGUUCCUGAAGCUACAGAAACGGGUGAGGGAGCUGGAGCUGGAGAGGAAGAAGCUGCAGAAUCAGCUGGACAAAAAGGAGCAACAAGAAAGUAAAAGAUCCCAGGCGAUCGAGGCGCAAAAUGACACGAGUGCGGAUCGCGAUACCGACAUCGCAUACAAUAAUCUGAAGAGGCAAGAACUAGAAUCUGAAAAUAAAAGACUUAAAAAUGACCUGAAUGAGCUGCGGAAGGCCAUCGCAGAUGGAACUGGCGAGGACAACCCGGACGAGGAGUCCAACCGCUACGCUUUACUGCUGAACCAACUGAAAACGGCCAACGAAGAGCUGGAAGUUCGCAAGGAGGAAGUGCUUAUCCUCCGGACACAGAUUGUAAACUCGGCUCAGCAAAAAGAUGCCGAAAAGAGUGUAGAUUCAGAAACGAGCUGGGCUAACAGCAACAGAGAAACCGAACAGGAUGACGCAAUCGAAGCGUACCAUGGUGUCUGUGAAGCAAACAGACUCUUGGAAGCCCAGCUGCAGACGCAGAUCAGAGAGCACGACGAGGAGGUGGAGGCCAUGACGUCUCACAUUGAAGCUCUGCAGGAAGAGCUGGAGAAGCAGCAGCAGGUCCUCCUCCAAGCCAUGCAGCUCUCCCCCGAAGCACAGAUAGAGCUGGGACUUCAGCAUGAAAUCACCCGCCUCACCAACGAGAACCUGGACCUUAAAGAAUUACUAGAGAAAUCUGAAAAGAACGAGAAGAAGUUGAAGAAACAACUUAAACUUUAUCUAAAGAAAGUCCAGGAUUUUGAAGCAGUGUCUCCGGAGAUUGUCCAGACUGAGCGGAAACAGCAUGAGCUCUCCAGGCAGGUGACGGUGCAGAGAAUCGAGAAGGAUUUCCAGGGAAUGCUGGAAUUUUAUAAGGAGGACGAGCCACUUCUCAUCAGGAACCUCAUUCUAGAUCUGAAACCUCAGCUGAUAUCCGGCACGGUCCCAUGUCUGCCGGCAUACAUCCUCUUUAUGUGCAUCCGACAUGCAGACUACAUCAACGAUGACCAAAAAGUGCACUCCCUGCUCACCUCCACCAUCAACGGCAUCAAGAAGGUGUUAAAGAAACAUCAUGAUGAUUUCCAGAUGACAUCUUUCUGGCUGUCAAACUCCAGCCGCCUCCUUCACUGUCUGAAACAAUACAGCGGCGAUGAAGGCUUCAUGAACAGUAAUUCUUCCAAACAGAAUGAGCACUGUCUGCGGAACUUUGACCUAACCGAGUACCGGCAGGUCCUCAGUGAUCUGUCCAUUCAGAUCUACCAGCAGCUCAUUAAGAUCUCUGAGGGACUUCUCCAGCCUAUGAUAGUGUCUGCUAUGCUGGAAAGCGAAAGCAUCCAAGGUCUUUCUGGGGUGAAGCCUACAGGAUAUCGAAAGAGGUCUUCCAGCAUGGUGGACGGAGACAACUGUUAUAACCUAGAAGCUGUCAUCCGGCAGCUUAAUGCGUUCCACGGUGUUAUGUGCGACCACGGGCUGGAUCCAGAGAUCAUCCAGCAAGUCUUCAAACAGCUUUUUUACAUGAUCAACGCGGUGGCAUUGAAUAACCUGCUGCUGAGGAAGGAUGUCUGCUCGUGGAGCACUGGGAUGCAGCUUCGGUAUAACAUCAGUCAGCUGGAGGAGUGGCUGCGGGGGAAGAACCUUCACCCCAGCGGAGCCGCGCAGACCAUGGAGCCUCUGAUACAGGCUGCUCAGUUACUGCAGCUAAAGAAGAAAACCCAGGAAGAUGCAGAAGCCAUAUGCUCCCUGUGCACAGUGCUCACUACAGGGCAGAUCGUGAAAAUCCUAAACCUGUACACCCCAGUGAACGAAUUUGAAGAGCGCGUGACGGUCUCCUUUAUCAGAAGUAUUCAGGCCCAGUUACAGGACAGAAGCGACCCUCCCCAGUUACUGCUGGACUCGAAGUACAUGUUCCCAGUUCUAUUCCCAUUCAACCCAUCGGCAAUAACGCUGAACACCGUUCAUAUCCCGGCUUCUCUCCAACUGGACUUUCUUAACAGAGUUUAAAAAAAACGGACAAUAUAUUUUAUCAAGAAACGUCUAAAAAAUAAAAGAAUAAAUAAUAAUAUACAUUUUCAGAAAUAAAUAUAUAUCUAAGACCAAAACCAUAUUGUUUGAAGCUGUUGACUUAUAAUCUCAUCUCAUUAUUGCACUGAAAACCAUUUUAUUUUUCUUCUACUGUUAUAAAUACUUGAAACGGAAGCAUUUUUUUAAAAAAAACUGUAUUGUCAGUGGUAGAAUUGGCCAAUGUUAACCCCGAGCACAAUAGUCCACAGGGUGCACGAUAUUCAGUGAUGUUAU